AUGUUCGACCCAAGAACAACUAAGGAUGAGUUGGUCUACUAUGCCACGAAGGACUCCAAGUUCCCACGUGGACGCGUAAGCCUGGCAGAAUGCACCAUUGGUCUGCAAGAGUAUUUCUAUGUCAAACAGUUGGUGAGCAUUUAUAUCACAUGUUCCUUGCAUCCAUCUGCGAAAUACAUUCUCCGUCAGGAGAUCUCCUUGCUGGCGGCGCUCAUCCAGCGCCGACAUGCACCAGAGCCUCCGGCGCCACUGCCCGCGGAGGAGACUUCGCCGGAGGUGCCGGCGUCGCACGCGGCAUCGGAGCUGCUCACCUCGGCGAUGCAGACGCGGACGACGUCGCGUGACGCGGACCCACGCGGGCGGACAGAGCGGAGAAUGGAGCGGACGCAGCAGACGGAGCGGGUGAUCAGUAGGAGCUCCGAUUGGUCAGCGCAAGUGGCUGAAGAGUUGGAACCACCUACCUUGUCUCACAGCAGCAGCUCCCGUUCUACUGGAUUGAGGCAAUCUCAAGCUGACUCUUUUCGUGCAGUGGUUGAAAGCUUAGGCUCGAAACUUGCAUACCGGAAGGCCAUGGACCUAAUGUGGAACUAUGACCUGGAAGCAGCUUCGGUCCUCUUGGCGCCAUGGCAAAGUUCCAAUUUGUGGCAUGCCAGUGGGGCUGCGGAGUGCUUCAUGCUCAGGACAAUCUUAACAGGACGGAAGAGCGAUGCUUUGUCUACCCUUGAGCUCAUCAAAGUCGCGGAGGCGCUCAGCGAGGGCGUUGGAAGCACUGGAAGCACUUUAGCCCAUGAAGUUUGCAAUGCGGAAUUGCUUUUGAUGCGGAGUUUGCUACAAAUCAUCCUGGGAUUUCGGUUUCGCGCUCUGUACAAUCUGCGGCAAUGUUGGUAUGCCUAUUACCGCUUGGAACAAUUCCUAGAGGAUGAUGCAAGCAUGAGGGCUUGCACAGAAGACGUUGACUGCGUCAUGACCUACGAUGACUUGAGAGGGCGAAUCCUGUUUGGCCUGGGCUUCUUCUACAUGGCUACCUCACUGGUUCCUACGAGUCUUGUGCCACUUGUGCGUUUGGCUGGCUUUCUCAUGCACCGCCAGCGUGGCAAGACUUACUUGUUCGAGUGUGUGGAACGCGCCCUUGGGUCCCGCUGUUCCAUUGCGGCUAUUCUGCUUGCUAUGUACCACCUCGACUUGGAGCCUGCCACUUGGCAUGGGUUGGGCUCGGGCGUGCAAAAGUUGGCAUUUACAUUUUGCAUCACUGCAUUUGGCCAACGGCUCGAGAACCGAAGCCGUGCGUGCGCUGCAUGUGUCGAAUGCCGUGAGCCAAUGGCGGAAGAUAGUGCAGUAGAUGCGGCUGGCCCAGCGGAAGGAACUGACGCAGCUGACAAGGCACAUGGAACAAAUGGAGAUUCAAAAACCCAUGGAACCUCCGAGCUUCAUAUUGGCCGUGUGAAGAGCUACAACUUUGCCCGCGGCUUUGGUUUCUUGGAAUGUCCCGAGCUUCAUGGAUUGUACAGCCGAGACAUCUUCAUGCGUGCUGAGGCGGUGGAAGAGCUCACCUUGAGCCGCAUUGCCAGUGGUUCUGGACCUGAAGCUGUGAAGCAACGGGGUAACAUCUUUGUAUGCUUCAGUCUGUUGGUGAAUGAGGCGGGGAAUCCAGAGGCGCAGAAUGUCGUGGAGGUGAAGUUGUCUGAAGUCCCUGAAGAGCUCCACCAACAAUUCCCAGAACCCGAAGAGAAAGAACCGAAAGAACCGAAAGCCAAGCCAAAGGCGAAAGCCGGAUACAAGGGUGACGCCGAGGUCAAGGAGAAGGAGACCAAGAAGUCCAAGGACAAGAAAAAGGGAAAGCUUGAAGGCCUACGAGUGGGUGAAAGUCGAGUUGUCAUUGGUCAAGAUGCUCAGGACAACUGGAACAUACUAUCAGCCGCAAAGGGGAAGCAUUGGUUCUUUCACCUUACCGACUUCCCCAGCUGUUAUGUGAUCCUGGAAUGCAAUGACCCCACAAUGGAGGAGAAGCUCGAGUGUGCGCGGUUGUGUCGCGACAACACCAAGCACAAGCUUUCUGGAGCAGUGAAGGUAGAUGUCACCCAAUGCGGCAACGUGAAGUUUGACCGGAAGCGAGAUGUGGUGGGUGAGUGCUAUCAGUUUUGGACAGCUGAGGACAUGAAGCACGCGGGCAACAUCUUGAUCGCAAGCUUGGGACGGCAACCGGAGAAUACAUUGCUACACUGGGCAGGCUCGCUCCUCGCUUGGAGAAAUACAUUUGUGUCACAGGCGGUCUCCAUCACUGGUAAGGCUUUGUGGUGCUGUGGAGAGGAGCUUGGAGAGAAAGCUGUCUAUUUGAGAUAUGAGCUCGGCAUGUUCCACUUCAUUUCGAUGGAUUGGACAAAAGCUCAUGAGCAUUUGAACUGCGUUUACAUCUCAGUGAACUCGGACAAGGUGUUCUUUCCAUAUCGUACCCUGGUGACCACACAGCUGGCUGCUGUGGCGUUUAGCCUGGGUGAGCAUGAGCACGGUGAGAGCCUUUGCAAGGAGUGCGCUGCAACUCAAGACUGGAGUGGGCUUUUGAAGCUUGAGACGGAUUUUGCAAAAGUAAUGCAGAUUUUUUUGCGCCGCCGCCGACACGGGCGUCAGAUGCUCGCCUUUGAGGUGAUGUACUUUCUGCGACAGUUCCCCAAGGUUCCAAGCCACAUGCUACUGGCGAUCAAAGACAAUGUGUGGACCUUUGGGGGGUCCUCCACGCAUCAAAUUCGACGAGGUGAUGACGAGUGUCGCUCUGUCGAGCUGGCCAGCGCUUUGACCAUACAGGUGGUCAUUUGCUUUUACCUUGGUGAUGCAGCAGCAGCCAUGGUUUUUGUACCAGAGCUUUCAGAGCUUUGUCCACGAUUGCCUUCCUGGGCCACGUACAUCUCUGUCCAUGGCCUUUAUUGGUGUGGUCGGGUGCUGGCGCUCAACCAGAGGGACCGCGAAGCGUACCUGAGCUGA